AUGUUCGGCAUAGACUUCAGUAAACCCUCUAGGAUAUCAGUGGCUGCUCCCAAACCUCGUCCUGCUACGAAAAGCAAGACCACCACUUCAUCAUCAACGCCCUCGAAAGUCAAAGCUACUUCAUCAACCUCUACAACUAAAGCUUCUUCUUCGACGAAAGAUGAAGACAAAAAUGUGAAAAGGACAAAUUCGUACUCUAAAGAUCCCAAGGGGUUCUUUGCGAAUCUACAGCAAAAUGAGAGAGAGUAUAAUAGGGUGCAUGAUAGAGUGGAGUAUGCACAUUCGAAGGACAAGGACAUAGCCAAGGAUAACACCACUUCAACUCCCUAUAAAGGUAAAGAUAAGAUCAAUGGGAAUGGGAAAUCCACUCGGAAAGAAAUUUCUUCUUCCUCUGCUUCGUCUUCGUCUACAACAGUAACUAAAACCAGGACGAAACGAGGAACGAGGAUUAUCCCUCGCGAACAAACUCCGACUGUCCAUUCAGACGAAGAAGAUGAGAUGGCCUUGGGAAGUACACCUCCUGAGAAUAUGCAUGAUGGAUAUAGCGAUUAUAGGUCUUCUGUAUCUCGAUCUGCUUCACCGAGUAGAAUCACUUCUACUCCUACACCGAAAGGAAAGAAGAAAGUAUUAGUGCCUGCUUCGUCUGAUGGAGAAAUGUGUAAUACCCCGAAACCAAGGCAGAAAAAGAGAUCUGGUGAAGAUGAAGAUCAAAAUCAUGUUGGUACACAUAAGAACAAGAAGAAGAGAAGAGAUGACGAUGAUAAAGGGGAGAUAAACGAGUCCGAGAAAGAGGAAUGUCAACGAUUGGAAUUGGAGGAAGAACAGAAGAAGAAGAAAAGAGAAAGUUUCGGCGGGACGGAUUUCUUCAAGCAAUUGGGUAAAUUGAGGAAGAAAGGUGAUUAUGAGGAUCCCGAUAUGACAGAUGAACAAAUUGAUCUCUCGAAAUUGCUCGAAGAUGUAGCGGAAGAAGACGAGGAACUAAGUGAGGAAGAUAGGAUAUAUCUAGCACCAUACAAAAGUGAAACGGAACUAUGUCCGUACUGCUCCGAACCAUUCCCCUCCAACCCUUCCGCCAACCUUCUUCGUCAACAACAAGAACUCUACAGCCUAUCCGUUCCCAAACCUACCGACUCCAAUCCCAAGGCAAGGGAACUCAGCUGGCAGAGGCACAUUGAAUUUUGCGCCUUGCACCACGCCGAAACUUCCAUUAUACCUCUGGGCAUCCGAGCGGGGUAUCCGGAAUCCAUCGAUUUUACAAACUUGGAUAAGAGGUUGGAAAGUGGUUGGAUAAGAGAACGGCUCGAUGAAAUUACUCAGAAACCUCUGUCGUCUCAGGCGUUUAGGACGGUCAUCAAGCAGAUCGACGAGGUUGGGAAGGAUACGUGGGCAGGUGUCAAAUGGCAAUCUAAACCUGAGAAUCUAGAUGCUGUCAAAACUGGCUAUUAUGGUGAUUUGGGACGAAUCAUCUUGAUUGAGCAUUUCCUGUCGAUGAGGAAAUGGGGAUAUAACCCAUGGCUUAAAAGUGAUACCCCGAUGUAUCCCGAGUUGAUCGAUCCACUGAGUUGGACCGAGUUCCUCACUCAUAUAUUGGUACCGGAAGCUUCGGUAUUAUUGAUUAUGGAUGAUCAUGGUCAUGGACGAGAUGGCGAGCUAAGGGGAUAUGAGGAGAGUGAAAAGAUAAGAAAGGAAAGUGUUGGAUAUGGUACAUGGAAAUUCAGAGAGGAUGAUGAUGAUUCGAGAAUCGUCAUGAAUGGAUUGAUGGUUGGGAAAGAUGACAAGAAGAAAAGGUUAAAGAGGAUUCGUAAAGCUCAAGUGCAAGAAAGAGAAAGGGGAUCGAAUAAGGAUGAAAUCAAGGAUGAAGAAUAUGGUGCAGAUUUGAUGACACCUAAACCCAAGUCUAAGUCGAAGUCGAGAUUAAUAAAGAACGAAAGUAUAAUUGAAGUUGAAGAUUCACCCGAUACCACUCCUGUCAUACUCAAAACAGAAAGAGCCAGAUCUAAACGUCAAAAUUCGAGUCAAACGUCCACAAAGUACGAUACAGGCACUGGUGCAGGUACAGACGAAGACAAACCGAUGAUUGGUUCAUCUCAAAGUACGGAUUACGAUGGGGAAUGGAACGAGAGAGAUUUUCUGGAAGCUGCUAAGAUUGUCUCUUAG